GGUGAAAUAACACACGAGAGUGAAAAGCCAGGUCUCAGUUCUUCUCCUUGUUCACGUGUUCUCCCGUGUUCUUUAAGUUCCCCGGCGUGAUGAAGAUAUUCCUAGCACUCCUCUUCCUUUUCCUCUUGAGUAAUACCUUCGCGGCGAGAACAGGAGAAGAAGAAAAAGAUAAAAGUGUACACAGAGUGAUGGUCAUCUCUCUAGAUGGCUUUGGACACAAUUAUCUCACUAAAUACGAUUUUCAACAUUUAAAUCAGCUGUUUCUUCAUGGUAGUUAUCCAGAGGUGUUCAGAAACCAGUUCAUCACAAAGACCUUUCCCAACCAUUUCUCCAUGGCGACGGGAGUCUAUGAGGAGACCCAUGGUGUGGUGGCGAAUGUCAUGUAUGACCCAGACUUGGACAAGACGCUACACCAUGAUGAUGAGGAGUUCUUCACUCAGAAUCCCGGCAUCAUUCCCAUUUGGACCCUUAACGAAGAGCAUGGAGGUCACACAGCUUGCCUAAUGUGGCCAGGCUGUGACAAGACCUAUCGUGGAAGGAAUGUCACCUACUGGACACCCUACCGCGAGGAUGCAACCUUCAGGGAGAGCAUUGACAAGGCAGUGGAGUGGAUGACAGAUGCAACAACGCCAGCCAACCUCGUGUUCCUUUACGUGCAGGAGCCUGAUACUGUUGGCCAUGCUUACGGGCCGAACUCUUCUUAUGUUGUGGAAGAGUUGAAAAAGAUUGACGAGAACAUCGGAUACCUCUACAAGAUGCUGACCAUCUUCAACUUGCUGGACACGACCGACGUCAUAGUGCUGAGUGACCACGGCAUGGUGGCCGUACUCGAGGAGAACAUCAUAGAUCUGGACCAGAUUGUCGACCCAAAGCUGUAUCACACCAGUGGAGGGUCACCGGUUAUGCACAUUUGGCCCUAUGGGGACCUUCUUGAUCUCUACAUCAAAUUCGACAACGGAGCCAAGACCCACAAGUACACUGUGUACCAGAAGAAGAACUUUCCCUCCGGGUGGCACUACACCAACAACUCUCGCAUCAGUCGCCUCGUUCUGGUUGCCGAUGUGGGAUACGUCUUUCAGGAUUGGAAGAGCUCCAUCGAGAACUAUAAAAAGAAGGGUCUGCCUGGAUACAUUUCAAAUUCCUUGCGAUUCUUAGUGGACAGUUCGAGGGACAUCAAUCUCAACCUUGCAAUGAUCUCAUCCAUCAAUCGAUUAAGUGAGAUCAAUGAGGAAAACUCCAGGGGCAGAGGCCGUUGCAUCGUUAUCCUGGUGUGGGAUGAUCCUUCUGCUGGGGGAGGCUGGAGGAACCCAAUUAAGCCUUAA